AAAUGUGUGUCCGCCCUACUGUCAGUCUUCCAAACUGGGCGCUUGUUUUCUGUCCCACCGGAGAAAGGAGCGAUCCAGCUUUACGUUAUUGAAAGACCACAUUCAAGCUGUGAAACAAUGCCUUCUGACUGACAUCAACAACAGUAUUUGUCCAUCAUGAACAGCGAGGAAGAGUUCUAUGAUGCUGAGACAGGUUUGGAAUCGGAUGACUCGUGUGAAGUCAGCUUUAAAGAUGCCUGCGUUUAUGCUAACAAACAGACGGCGAAUGGCAAAGUGCCAUCUGAGAAUGGAGUAUGGGAGAGGCGAACUACUUUGCCAGCACCAAUGUUCUCCCGAAAUGACUUUAGUGUUUGGGGUUUUCUGAAGAAAUGCAUUGGAAUGGAGCUGUCCAAGAUAACAAUGCCUAUUGUUUUCAACGAACCACUGAGCUUCUUGCAGAGGAUUACAGAGUACAUGGAACACACAUACCUCAUCCAUAAAGCUUGUACACUUUCUGACUCUAUAGAGCGAAUGCAGUUUGUUGCUGCGUUUGCCGUUUCUGCUGUUGCAUCUCAAUGGGACAGAACUGGAAAACCUUUUAACCCUUUAUUAGGAGAGACGUUUGAGCUUACAAGGGAGGAUGAAGGUUAUCGGAUGAUCUCAGAACAGGUGAGCCACCAUCCACCAAUCAGCGCCUUUUAUGCGGAGUCACUCAAUCAGGACUUCUCGUUUCACGGCUCCAUCUACCCAAAGCUGAAGUUCUGGGGCAAGAGCGUGGAGGCCGAGCCUAAAGGCACCAUGACACUUGAGCUCUCCAAGCACAGAGAAGCUUACACUUGGACAAACCCCAUGUGUUGUGUGCAUAAUGUUAUUCUGGGUAAACUGUGGAUUGAGCAGUACGGGACUGUGGAGAUUGUCAACCACAGCACUGGGGACAAGUGUGUGCUGAAUUUUAAGCCAUGUGGCAUGUUUGGCAAAGAGCUGCAUCGGGUAGAGGGACAUAUCCAGGACAAGAGCAAAAAGAAGCAUUGGGUUAUGUAUGGGAAGUGGACUGAGUGCAUGUAUAGCAUUGAGCCAAAAGUCUAUGAAGCCAACAAGAAAGCGGAGAAGAAGAGCGGAGGAGAGUCCAAGAAACACAAGCAGGAUCAGGGCACUGGAGGUGAAGAUGCAGAUGAAAUGCCUGAUGUCCAGGAGACAGUCACUAUGAUCCCGGGCAGUAAACUGCUUUGGAGAGUUGCACCUCGACCACCACAAUCCACAGAGAUGUAUAAUUUUACCAACUUUGCCAUGACACUAAAUGAGCUCGAGCCUGGCAUGACUGAAGUCCUAGCGCCAACAGACUGUCGCCUGCGGCCGGAUAUUAGAGCGAUGGAGAAUGGUGAUAUAGAUUCUGCAAGUCGAGAGAAAGAGAGGCUGGAAGAGAAGCAGAGAGCGGCUAGAAGAGAGCGUGCUAAAGAUGAAGAAGACUGGUCUACAAGAUGGUUCCAGCAAGGCAAUAAUCCGUACACUGGAACCGCAGACUGGAUCUACAAAGGUGGUUAUUUCGACAGGCGAUACUCAGAACUUCCAGACAUCUACUGAUUGAACUGAGAAGACUGAAAGAGGCUUGAGAUUUCAUUAUUUCACUCAAUCCAUAUCAUCUCCUCUCCUUAAGCUCUUAUUUUUCUUUUUGUUUGUCUUUGUUGUAAUGUGACAUUCAUAUGAACAGUUUUUUUGGACAAAGCCUCUCCACCACUUUUACUCUUCACUCGAAUCUGGAAAUUCAGAGCGAAUGGAUUUUAUUUAUUUUGAGAGGUAGGGAAUGCCUUUUUCACUUUCUUUUUUGGAAUGGAUGUUAGAUUUUGAGUUAAACAUUCUGCGCAGACCUCAAUACAUGUAGAAAUCGCUAGUUUGUGUGUAUGUGCUAAGCUACCUUUCCAUGCGUCUCGCUAGUUACACUCAGGUGUUCAUUUAUGGGUACAAGCGGUUAGUGAUGAUGGCACCACUGCUGUGCCAUCUGUGAAGAUCUAUUUUUGAGUGAUUGUUGAAUCGUGCGGCUGCUCAGAACUGAUUAGAAAAGCGUCAUUUUUUUGUGUUUUUGUUCAGACUAUAGGUGCAGUCACAGUGUAGGUUCAGCAAAAUUUCUCAAGCCAAAACAGUCUGUUAGUCAGCAGUAGUGCUGAAAAGCACAGAUUACACAGAAGUCGCUUUCUGUUAAUCAGUGCAGGGAGUUCAUGUGGUAUGUUUACAUGACAUUUUCAACUUCAAGAGUUCACACUCAGCUGAUAAUCAAUAAAGCG